AUGCUAGUGUCCUCAAAGACUGUCCUCCACGAGGUGGAUACGAACGACAAGAUCUUCGCUCAAGAUCGAGCGUUUUGGAAAAACUACAACAGCGGCCGCCCGCAAGUCCCACAAAGCUUCUUCCAGCGAAUCUACGAUUAUCACCUGUCGCAAAAUGGCGGAUUUGAUAUCGUCCACGACGCAGGAGCCGGCAAUGGCGUGCACUCGCAAGAGCUGCGCUCGAAGUUCCACCACGUCAUAAUAUCGGACGUUGCACCUGAUAACGUUCGUCAGGCAGAGGAAAGGCUGGGGAGCGAUGGAUAUAGCUACCAUCAAGGCAAGAUGGAGGAGAUUCGUGAUAUUCUGCCCGGAUCCGUCGACAUGGUAUUCGUGAUGAACGCCAUGCACUGGGCAGACCAGGAGGCAGCUAUUCAGGCGAUUGCAACCCAGCUGAAGCCCGGUGGCACCUUUGCUUGCGCUGGCUUCGGUCCCGCUCUCUUCAAUGACCGCAAGGUGCAGGAUGUAUGGGAGAGGAUCAGUCAGCAGGGCGGUCGCGUGUUGUUAAAGACGGCCGACCAACCGAUCGAUACUUUGAAUGUGAUGGCUCGCAGUCAAGACCUGUACAAUGUCGCCCCUUUGGAUGAGCGACUAUUCCGUCCAGGUGCGAGACGCAUCCACCUCAAUAUGGAGAAUGGCGGCUUGACGGGGCUGUUGCCGCCUGAGAGACAAGACGAAGUGACGGAGCCGGACCACACGGGACCGAGAGAUCUAGAGGUGUUCGAACGUGACGAGGAAUGGGGUUUUGAAAUGGAUCUUGAUGGCUUCAAAGAGCAUUUUCGUACAUUCCCCCAUGCUUUUAGAGAGCCUGAAGCGUUUACUAGUCUCUGGCAAGAAGUCGAAGACCUCCUCCAGAGUGGAAGUCGUCUUGAUGGCUACUGGCCCGCAACUCUAAUUUUGGCGACACGGGGCGAUCGUUGA